AUGCAGCCUUGGCAAGCAUCUACUACACAAUAUGAACAUCACCAAGCCGGACCGCAAAUAUGUCAAGAUAACCCGAUGGAUGACAUGCGCGACGCAAAGAAUUCGGUUGCGUUGUUCGCCGACUACAUCAACCGGCUACGGCCUGAUAUUCCCCGGCCACACAGCACCGUUGAUCUUCACAGCUUUUCGCCGUCUACAGUUAACCGCCAGGGAUCCACCGGCUCUGUAGAUGGAUCACGCAGAAGUUCAUCGAAACGGCAUCACAGAAGCGUGAGAAAGGAAUGGGCCGAGUCACCCCAGGGGACGCUUUGGAAUCAUAUCAGUAACACACUCCAGGAUGUCGCGGCCGAGUUACCGGACGUGAAUCCAACGGCGAUCCAAGAGUUCAUUAGCGCGCCAGAGAUAUUAGAGCUGGGAGCUGACUUCGUACGCUACUACCGCGAAAGUAGUCACUCCAUGGAGAAGCCGUACUGGGUGGCUGAGGACUUAUUCUUCGAUCUUCAGUCUGUGAAGCAAGGCGACGUGGUGGCUAGGCGGUGGACACGUGCGCGGCCAGAAAAGAGAGUAGGAUGGGAUCUAGUUGACCAUCUCACGCGAUUCGUGCUAUUGGCAGACAGCUUCCGUAGUCGGGCGGAGCGUCAGGACUGGAAUACAUGGAGCGAUGGUUUCGUGAGAAAAGUUUCCUUCUACCUAUGCAUCCUGCGAUGCUUCACAGUCAGAGAUGCCGAGCAGAGACAAGCUGCGCGAGAGGCUGCAAGAGAGGCUGCACGAGACCGAGACUCGAAAUUCUUAAAGAAAAAAAGUUCCCGCAACAGCAGCAGUAGCAAACUCUCUCGCAAGAGCAAAUGA